CUAUGUAGACUCGAAUAAGUCCCAUCCUUGGACCUUAUUCAGAUCUGAUCGGGCCGACCUAUACACCGCCCCUAAUAAUCAGGGCUCGUCUUUUUCGAUUUCCUUCAGCUUUCUCUCUUCAUCGGAUCUCACUUCCUUCUUUCUUCCCAUCCAAACAGGGAAAUUAAGAUUCAGUUGCAGGGGUAUGUUUUUUCAGGUUAAGGAGAAAUUUUGAAUAUGAGUACUAGUGGGCACACUAUCGAAGUUACAAGCCUCUCCCCUAAGGUAACGGAGAAGGAUGUUUAUGAUUUUUUCGCUUUCUCCGGCGCCAUUGAACGUGUUGAAAUGGUCAGGUCUGCUGAUGAAUGUGCCUGUACUGCCUAUGUGACGUUCAAGGAUGCUUAUGCGGUCGAAACUGCUGUGUUGCUUAGUGGAGCUACAAUUGUGGAUCAACGUGUAUGCAUAACACGCUGGGGACACUAUGAAGAUGAAUUUGAUCUUUGGAAUAGGCCUACAUGGAAACUUGAAGACGAGACUAGUUCAACUCAUGCCCCAGAAACAAAUCGAUCUUAUCCUGAUGCUGGAGAAGCAGUAACUAUGGCUCAGGAAGUUGUCAAAACCAUGCUGGCCAAAGGAUAUAUUUUGGGCAAGGAUGCAUUAAGCAAGGCCAAAACAUUUGACGAGUCUCAUCAACUUUCAGCAACUGCGGUGGCCACGGUUGCAGAGCUUAGCCAGAGAAUUGGCCUCACUGAUAAGUUUUGUGCAGGUGUUGAAGCUGCUAAAUCAGUAGAUCAAAGGUACCAUGUCUCAGAGAUAACCAAAUCAGCCGUAUCAGCAACAGGGAGAACAGCAGCGGCAGCUGCAACCACUGUGGUAAACAGUAGCUACUUUUCUAAAGGAGCUCUUUGGGUGUCAGAUGCUCUAAGUCGAGCAGCUAAAGCUGCAGGUGAUUUGGGUAGUCAUGGUGUUAACAAAUGAGGUGUUGCCUUGACUAGAAUGUUCCCUCUGGAUCUUAUAUGUAUAUCAGUAUCUUAAAGAAGCCUUAUGUAAAACACUAAGUAAUCGUGUGUGUUACUACCUUAAAUCUGUUCUGGUUGGCUUUUGUUUUGUCUAGUUUGUAUAGGCCAAGUUCGAGUUGGGCAGUACCACUGUGCCAGUUCAUGUAUAGAUAUUUAAGUGAUUAGAUUUUAUACCUUCUUCUGAGUUGUCUAUAUUAUGAAAUUCAUAUGCAACUACGUGAAAGCUGAAAGUUUUUUGCCUCAA